GAAGAAGAGUGAUCAUCCAAAUGGAUCUGUUAGACUUUCUAACGAAGGAGGAACUCAUUCGCUUCUUUCACUGCAAGAAGACGGAGAUGUCCUGCAUGGCGGAGCCAAACAUAUUCCUGCACCAGCUGAGAGACCAUAAUCUGGUACCAGAGAAGCUGUACAAGAAGGUGGUAAAGAUGAGGUGUAAGGAGAAGAGGAAAGACGGUGUUUAUCAGAUCUUGGACUGGCUGGAGAAGGAGAGAAGUGACUCUGUGCACCUCUUCUGGACGUGUGUAUUCAAAGACCACAUCCUGCAGAAGUAUCCAGUCCUACGCCUGUUCAGGAAUAACCUCAUAGAUGGCUCCUUCAGGGUCUAUGAGAAUCUCCCUGCCCCAGUGGAUCAGACAGAGAGAGAGAACAAGCCAGUCCAAAUUAAGAAAUCUACAGCAAAGGAGAAGAAAAGAGAAAGAAAGAGAAAGAAAAGGCAUGAGGAGAUGGAGGAGGACAAGCAGCCAGGCCCAUCCUGUCCCUCCAUCCCCAAAAAGAAGAAACCAGCCAAGAAGCUCAUGUUCUUUUCAGAGUCCACUGCUGAAAUGAAGCGUUCAGGCGAAGAAGUUCAGGAUGAGCAGAAGAAAGAGGGAGAGGAGGAGGGCAGAGAAGAAGAAGAAGACAACACAGGGCCAGUGCAUCCAUCUGUGUUUCAAGCUCCUUCUUUACCGGUCAGCUGUGGUUCUGUCAAUGGAGUUUUAUAUAAAUGCAGAUUUGCCUCAGGGUCACGCAGUAAAAGCAUCCGCACAGAGGAGCGCUGGUUCACUCCAGAAGAGUUUGUAAGACAGGAAUUAACUCUGAUAGACGGGCACUGGAAGAAAGAUAUUCGCUGUCACAGCAAAACAUUAAACUACCUGUCGAAGAAGCAGAUCCUGAUCGUACAUUCCCUGCUGUGUAGUUGUAAUCUAUGCAGUCCUAUGGAGCAGGAUCUGCUUGAUGAGAAAAAUGAUGAUGAGUGCUUCAUCUGUGACUCUGACCUGGGUGAUUUGCUAUGCUGUGAUGAAUGUCCAAGAGCUUUCCAUCAUCAGUGCCAUUUACCGGCUGUGCAGGACGAUUCACUGGGAGAAAAGUGGAUGUGCACUUUCUGUGUGUUGAAGACCAAACAGAGAUGCCGGCAGCCCAGACAGAUGACCGAAAAAGAAGCUCUGGACAGUUCCAUUUCUCAGUAUAUACUGCAUUGCGAGUAUUUGCUGCUGUAUAUGUAUAAAGAGGAUAUAGACUGGGUGUUCAUUGAAGACCCCACUAAAACAGUCUCAGGCUACAGCAGAGUGAUCACUGACCCCAUGUGGGUGGACAGAGUGACGACAAAGCUGCAGAACAAACAGUAUAAAACAUUGGGCCAGUUUGUGUCUGACGUCCGGCUCAUCUUUCACAAUUGCCACAUCUUUAAUAAGGGCAACAAGUUUGACAAGUUGGGAUCCAGGCUGAGUGAGGUGUUUGAGAGAGAGUUCAAAACCAUCUUUAACAUCGAGUAGCAUCUCUCCUCACUCAGGAACCUGUUUGUUUUUUUUGUGGAAUGUGGAUACAUUGCAACUCAAAUUUCCCUCCUGUUGUUUGGGAACAGGCCUGGUUGGUUUCAUCACAUGUUAAGAAAUGAGGUUUAUUUGAACAAUAUGCAUCAACUGUCAUGUUAGAUUUUUUUUAUUGUCUUUUGACUUAAAAUUUCCUAUUUAGUUAUCACACUGAUAAACUAACCUUUAAAUAUUUUGAUUCACUGUGUUCUCCCCGUGUCUGCGUGGGUUUCCUCCGGGUUCUCCAGUUUCAUCCCGCAGUCAAAAGACAUGCAGU